CGACGAUUGAUUGAUUCGGAAAUUGGUUUAACCGAGGCAUGUUGACCGAAAUCGGGUCGUGAAUGUGGUCGAGUUUUGCAAAUAUUCGCAUGUGAAGGAAGGGCCCUCGAUGGCUUCGAGCGUGCACCUACCCUGGUUCUUAUUUGGUGGGACUCUCGCUAUAGUAACCAUCAUCAUUAUACUGUUAAAGUUCCGAAGCUGUAAUACCCGUCGACAUCCUCGAACGACCGUCAUUCGUGUGCCACCAAGACAACGAACACCUAUAGAGCGACAUAACCUACAGACGUUAAACCGAGCGAAUCCAUCUAUCAAAUACAAGGAUGUUAGAAAGCAAUCAAGCGUGAGCUCAACGGAAGUCAGUCUGGCAGAGAUAUGUGCUGUUUGUCUAGAGGCUCUCGCAGAUGAGGAAGAUGUACGCCGGUUGACAUGCGAGCACGUGUUCCAUACGAGAUGCCUGGACUCUUGGUUCAAGGAACAUCAUGUUGAUUGCCCACUGUGCAAGUGCAUCUUCAUCCCAAAUUAAUGUAUAAUGAUCAAAUUUUUCUGUCAAAAGCGCUUCGAGUGAGGAAAGGAAAUGUAUGUUAUUG